AUGAGCGCCAUAGGGCUGCCGAGCGCGAGCUUCCUGGGCGGAGGCGCGCGCUUCCCUGCGCGCGCAGGCGCGGCCCGGUGUCGCCUAGCAACCAAGAACAACAGUGGCCCAGAGGCGCGCGCCGGCCGCAGCGGGUACAGUUCUUCAGGUCUGAGGAGCCGCUGCUCUGAGGGAUCUCCUGGCAGAAUGGGUAAAAAGAUAAAGAAGGAAGCAGAACCUCCUCCUAAGGAUGUGUUUGAUCCAUUAAUGAUUGAAAGCAAAGAAGCAGCAACUGUGGUGUUAAUGCUUAAUUCUCCAGAAGAAGAAAUUUUGGCUAAAGCAUGUGAAGCCAUUUAUAGAUUUGCUUUAAAAGGUGAAGAAAAUAAAGCUACCCUCCUUGAACUUGGAGCUGUGGAACCCUUAACUAAACUGCUCACCCAUGAAAACAAAAUUGUAAGGAGAAAUGCUACUAUGAUAUUUGGAAUCCUGACUUCUAACAAUGAUGUAAAAAAAUUGUUAAGGGAGUUAGAUGUCAUGAAUUCUGUCAUUGCUCAGCUUGCUCCAGAAGAGGAAGUGGUUAUCCAUGAGUUUGCCAGUCUUUGCCUGGCGAACAUGUCUGCAGAGUAUACCGGCAAAGUGCAAAUAUUUGAGCAUGGUGGGUUAGAGCCACUCAUCAGACUGCUGGCCAGCCCAGACCCUGACGUGAAGAAGAACUCUACUGAGUGCAUUUACAACUUGGUCCAGGAUUUUCAGUGUCGAGCUACACUUCAAGAACUAAAUGCAGUCCCCCCUAUAUUAGAUCUCUUGAAGUCAGAAUAUCCAAUUAUUCAGUUGUUGGCUCUCAAAACCUUAGGUGUUAUUACAAAUGAUAAGGAGGCACGGGCGAUGCUAAGGGACAAUCAAGGAAUGGACCACCUUAUUAAAAUCCUAGAAACUAAGGAAUUGAAUGACCUUCAUAUAGAAGCACUUUCCGUGAUAGCAAAUUGCCUUGAAGAUAUGGAUUCUUCGGUGCUCUUUCAGCAGACAGGGGGUCUUAAGAAGCUCCUCUCAUUUGCAGAAAACUCUACAAUUCCUGAUAUUCAGAAGAACGCAGCAAAAGCAAUAACUAAAGCAGCUUAUGAUCCUGAAAAUAGAAAACUCUUUCACGAACAAGAGGUCGAAAAAUGCCUUGUGGCCCUUUUGGGUUCUGAAAAUGACGGAACGAAAAUUGCUGCCUCCCAAGCUAUUUCAGUGAUGUGUGAGAAUUCAGGCAGCAAAGAAUUUUUCAAUAAUCAGGGGAUUCCACAGUUAAUUCAGUUGCUCAGGAGUGACAGUGAAGAAGUAAGGGAAGCCGCGGCCCUCGCCCUAGCUAAUCUGACCACAUGCAACACGGCGAAUGCAAAUGCUGCUGCUGAAGCUGAUGGUAUUGAUCCAUUAAUAAACAUGCUGUCCAGUAAACGAGAUGGAGCCAUUUCCAACGCUGCUACAGUAUUAGCGAACAUGGCAAUGCAGGAGCCCCUGCGUGUGAGCAUACAGAACCACGAUGUCAUGCACGCCCUCAUCAGCCCACUCCGUUCUGCAAACACGAUCGUGCAGAGCAAAGCGGCUCUCAUGGUGGCUGCAACCGCAUGCGAUGUUGAGGCCCGGACAGAGUUAAGAAAUUCAGGCGGCCUGGAGCCGCUGGUGGAGCUCCUGCGCUCUAAGAAUGCAGAAGUGAGAAGGCACGCCAGCUGGGCGGUGAUGGUCUGCGCCAACGAUGAGCUGAUGGCUGUUGAAUUAUGCAGGCUUGGGGCUUUAGAUAUCCUUGAAGAGGUUAAUCUAUCAGUAAGUCGAAAAAAUAAAUUCAGUGAGGCAGCUUAUAACAAAUUGCUCAACAACUACCUGUCUCUGAAAUAUAGCCUGACUGGCUAUUUGUCAUCAAGUAACAUAAUUAGUGACGGAUUCUAUGAUUACGGUCAGAUAAAUCCCGGCACCAAACUUUUGCCUUUGAAGGAUCUCUGCUUACAAGAACCAAGUGAUCUACGUGCUGUACUCUUAGUUAACAGUAAAUCUGACGUUUCUCCACCUCCAUCUAUGGAAGAUAAGUCAUCAGAUAUUGGUUAUGGACAGAGUAUUUCUUCCUCAUCUUCUUUAAGAAGAGCAAGCAAAGAAAAGACGAAUACUGGAUUUGGAUCUCCCACAGAAGACAAAUCAGAACCUACUUCUGGACGAAAUACUGCUCUUAGCAAAAGCACCACUAAGGAGAAAAGAUCAAGGAAAGACCGAGGGAAAAAAGAAGACGAAAAAGUGAAGGAGGAAGAGGAGUUUGCGGCAGCCCCAAAAUUGGCCGGAGAAGGGAGCCCUGAUAAAGAAUGGUACCCUCCCUCCGACCCGGGCUUCUGUGUUUAUGUGUAUGAAGUGACCAAGUCAAUAUUUCCCAUAACCAAUAUUAAGGAGCAGAUUGAGGCUCUUGCAAAGUAUGUGGCAGAAAAAAUGGGCGGUAAAGUUUCAAAAGAGAAACUACAUGAUUUCAGCUGGGAACUUCAUAUAAGUGAACUAAAAUUUCAACUUAAAUCCAAUGUUAUACCAAUUGGACUGAUCAAAAAAGGAAUCUUCUACCAUCGAGCUUUGCUUUUCAAGGCGCUGGCUGAUAAAAUUGGCAUCGGCUGCUCUCUGGUUCGUGGGGAGUAUGGCAGAGCCUGGAAUGAAGUUAAGUUGAUGAAUGAAUCUCGUAAGGGACUGAUUGAGGCUCUCCCUCCCGCUGAGGUGUAUAUCGUUGACCUCAUGUUCCAUCCAGGCGGGUUGAUGAAGUUAAGAAGUAAAGAGGCAGAUCUUUACAGAUAUCUCUAA